AUGCCGAAGUACUUCUGUGACUACUGCGAUGUCUACCUCACCCACGAUUCGAUGAGCGUGCGGAAAGCUCACAACAGCGGCCGCAACCACCUUCGAAAUGUAGUCGACUACUACCAGCAGAUCGGGCACGAGAAGGCGCAGUCAGUCAUCGACUCGAUCACUUCGAGCUACAACGCUGCG